GCGACCGGGAAGGAGGGCCAAGAUGGCGGCGUCCGGGUUAAGGGCGAUGGUGGGAGUGAAGCGAGUCAUUGACUACGCGGUGAAGGUCCGGGUGAAACCAGACAAGACCGGGGUGGUGACGGAUGGGGUGAAGCAUUCCAUGAACCCCUUCUGCGAGAUCGCCGUGGAGGAGGCCGUGCGCCUCAAGGAGAAGAAGCUGGUGUCCGAGGUGGUGGCCGUCAGCUGCGGUCCACAGCAGUGCCAGGAGACAAUCCGCACAGCCCUGGCGAUGGGGGCCGACCGGGGGAUGCACGUGGAGGUCCCCGCCGGCGAUUACGAGCACCUCAGCCCCUUCCACGUUUCGAAGAUCCUCGCUGCGCUGGCCAAGAAGGAGGGCGUCGACCUUCUGCUGCUCGGCAAGCAGGCCAUCGACGACGACUGUAACCAGACGGGGCAAAUGACAGCUGCGUUUCUGGACUGGCCUCAGGGGACGUUCGCCUCCGAAGUGACCGUAGACGGGGACUGGCUCAAGGUGGAACGGGAGGUCGACGGGGGCCUGGAGACGGUGCGCCUCAAGCUGCCAGCCGUCGUGACCGCCGACCUCCGCCUCAACGAGCCGCGCUACGCCACCCUGCCUAACAUCAUGAAAGCGAAAAAGAAGAAGGUUGAGGUGGUGAAGCCGUCCGACCUGGGCGUGGACCUGGCCCCGCGGGUGAAGACGCUGAGCGUGGACGACCCUCCCCAGCGCAAGUCCGGGGUCAAGGUGGAGACCGUGGAUGACCUGGUGGCGAAGCUCAAGGAGAGCGGGCGGAUCUGAGGCCCCCGGCAGAGUCCCGCCUUGCCUGGAGCCGCUGCCCUGGGCCUUCUGCUGCUGUCGAAGUGGGUGCAACCCACGGGGCGGAGGGGUCUGUCCAUCUGCCUCCACGGGGACCCAGCCCUUCGGGCCCCGGAACCGUGCUGCCUUCCAGCACAGCUACCCAACGAAGGGAGCUGGUCGACAAUUUUUAACUGAGUUUUUCUGGAUGAAUGAUGGGUCAGUUUGCAAUAA